CCGAGCUCCAGGUCCCGCCUCCUUCUUAAGUCACAACCCGUUUUCAUCGGGACUCGAAGCCUUGGCCCCGCCUCUGACCCGAAACCCCGCCACCCCUUUACUGGCAGCUCUUUGCCCUGGGGCCUCCCAGAAAGAACGGGGCAGGCAGCCUUCCGCGCAUUGGUGUUCUGGGUUCUUUUCCCACUGUGCUGUGUACGUAUUGCAUCCGCUUUCUGGGCCUGGACCGUGCAGCCCAGCGGGCACCCUCGGGAACCGGCAGUGCGGGGGCGUGCUGAGCUGAGGAGGCGUGGCCCGAGCAGGGGCAGUCGCGAAAGAGGGAUUUUCUCAUCAGCCUCCUGGUCCACGGUCGGUUCAGACCAUGACACCCGAAGAAUGGACCUAUCUAGUGGUCCUGCUUAUCUCCAUCCCUAUCGGCUUCCUCUUUAAGAAAGCUGGACCUGGGCUGAAGAAAUGGGGGGCAGCAGCUGUGGGCCUGGGGCUCACUUUAUUCACCUGUGGCCCCCAUGCUUUGCAUUCUCUGAUCACCAUCUUGGGAACCUGGGCCCUCAUUCAGGCCCAGCCUUGCUCCUGUCAUGCCCUGGCUCUUGCCUGGACCUUCUCCUAUCUCCUCUUCUUCCGAGCCCUCAGCCUGCUGGGCCUGCCCACUCCCACACCCUUCACCAAUGCCAUCCAGCUGCUGUUGACACUGAAGUUGGUGAGUCUGGCCAGUGAAGUUCAGGACCUCCAUCUGGCUCAGAAAAAGGAAAUAGCUUCUGGCUUCAACAAGGAACCUACUCUGGGCCUCCUGCCCGAGGUCCCCUCUUUGAUGGAAACACUCAGCUAUAGUUACUGCUAUGUGGGAAUUAUGACAGUAGGCACGGAUACACGCCAUCCAACCACCUGCCCCUUGCCGCCUUCCACAGGCCCGUUCUUCCGUUACCGCACCUACCUGGACUGGCUGGAACAGCCCUUCCCGGGAGCCGUGCCCAGCCUGAGGCCGCUGCUGCGCCGUGCCUGGCCAGCCCCGCUCUUUGGCCUGCUCUUCCUGCUGUCCUCCCAUCUCUUCCCACUGGAAGCUGUGCGUGAGGAUGCCUUCUACGCCCGCCCGCUGCCCACCCGCCUCUUCUACAUGAUCCCGGUCUUCUUCGCCUUCCGCAUGCGCUUCUACGUGGCCUGGAUUGCGGCCGAGUGCGGUUGCAUUGCCGCGGGCUUCGGGGCCUACCCUGUGGCUGCCAAAGCCCGGGCCGGGGGUGGCCCCACCCUCCAAUGCCCAACCCCCAGCAGUCCGGAGAAUGCAGCUUCCCUGGAGUAUGACUAUGAGACCAUCCGUAACAUCGACUGCUAUGGCACAGACUUCUGCGUGCGGGUGCGGGAUGGCAUGCGGUACUGGAACAUGACGGUGCAGUGGUGGCUGGCACAGUACAUCUACAAGAGCGCACCUGCCCGCUCCUACGUUCUGAGGAGUGCCUGGACCAUGCUGCUGAGCGCUUACUGGCAUGGCCUCCACCCUGGCUACUACCUGAGCUUCAUGACCAUCCCGCUGUGCCUGGCUGCUGAGGGCUAUUUGGAGUCAGCCUUGCGGAGACAUCUGAGCCCCAGGGGCCAGCAAGCCUGGGACUGGGUGCACUGGUUCCUGAAGAUGCGUGCCUACGACUACAUGUGCAUGGGCUUUGUGCUCCUCACCAUGGGUGACACGCUCCGGUACUGGGCCUCCAUCUACUACUGGAUCCACUUUCUAGCCCUGGCCUGCCUGGGGCUGGGUCUAGCUUUGGGUGGGGGCAGCCCCAGCAAGAGGAAGACAGCAUCCCAGGCCACCACCGGCCAAGCCAGGGAAAAGCUCAGGGAAGAGUGAGCUGUGUUGCUCUGGCCUGCCAGCCAGCGCAGUCUUUGCUUGGGAAUUCUGUGAACCGGGCUGUAUUCUCCUUUACCCAGCAAGAAUCCCUUGUUUGGCUAGGAACCUGGAGAGGAUUCCUCCUUCCUAACAAAUCCCCUGCCUCUGAUUUAAACAAAGCUGGAGGUACCCUUCUCUUAGAUGCUCGCCACAUCCUGACUUUUCCAAACCUCCCUCUGCUGACAUCAGGGUAUUACUGUCCACUCUUGUCCCAGUCUCUGCAGCAGUCUUCAGGUAUUCAAAAUGCCACACUUCCCAAAAUGCAAGGGCACAGACCAGUGGUCAUGUGGCAUCUUGGACAAAGUCCCUGUGGGUCCCCGGUAUUGGGGCAGGAGCUUCAGGGCCAGGUUCUGUAAAAGGGGAGGAACAGCCUUCUCGUUUUCUUGGCUUUUAUCAUCAAUCCAGUAUUUCAGAGACCAUGACCUUACACAUCCUGGAGGAGAAACCGAGGUACAAGUAAGCAGCCCCAGGGGAACACACUCUUACAGUAGCUUCUGUCUGAGCCAUUUCUAGGCCCCCACACAACCUGCUACCCAGUGUCAUCCUUGGCCUGUGACAGGUCAGAAUGUAUAAAUCUUUCUCAAUAAAAUGUUAC